GACUAUGAAGCACUUCCGAGCAGCAGUUCCAUCCGGGCACAUAUGAUGGCUGGUGCAGUUGCCGGAAUAAUGGAACAUAUUAUUAUGUACCCGGUCGACAGUGUUAAAACUCGCAUGCAGUGCUUGCGGCCCCUAAACAGCCCAUGCUACCCCAACGUGAUUAGUGGCCUCAUUCGCCUUGUUCGAGCCGAGGGCGUCCGAGGCUCGUUGCGUGGGAUAGGAACUAUGGUCGGAGGUGCUGGUCCGGCGCAUGCGGCUUAUUUUGGCUGUUACGAGCAUGUUAAACAUUCGGUGGAGACCAGUCGCAGAUUUUCUUCACUAGCCCCGCUCAUCGGAGGAGCCUGCGCAACACUUCUUCAUGAUGCAGUGAUGACACCUGCUGAUGCAGUCAAACAGCGUCUUCAAAUCUUCAAUAGUCCUUAUCACAACAGCCUGGAUUGUAUCAUACACGUGAUUCGUAAUGAGGGGCUGUCCGUACUUUAUCGUGCCUAUUUCACUCAGCUCACAAUGAAUGUACCUUAUCAAGCUAUUCAUUUUGUCACGUACGAGGCUGCUCAGGAUGUGGUAAAUCCGUCUCGACAGUAUAAGCCAUGGACGCAUGUUGUUUCUGGCGGGCUGGCCGGCUGUUUAGCCGCGGCUUUUACUAAUCCGCUGGAUGUGUGCAAGACCGCGAUCAAUACUCAGGUAAGAGAACUGUCAAUAUUCGGUAUGGUUUUUGUGCUGUUCCGUGUUCACUGUUAUUUUUAG